AUGCCUCCCAUCAGACGGCAGCGUUCAGAGCCCAUUGUCCGCGUAAGAACAGGUUGUUUUACCUGCCGUCGCCGCAAGAAAAAAUGCAACGAGUCGAAGCCCGUCUGCGCGGGCUGUGCGCGGAACAAGCUCGACUGUUCAUGGCCGACAUCGACACCGACACCAGACUCUGAUGCAACACCCAGCGGAGGCUUCCAAAGUUGCAAUGUGCAGAGCAAUAGACAGCGUCAGGAUAGCCCGUCCAGUCCCAGUUCUCCUGGUUUAUCAGAUCCCCGGCCCCCCCUGAGCGGGCAUUUUCCCUCGGAGAACCAGUUCCUGUAUACGGAUCCCACCGAUCAGGAUAACUCGAUUGACCUUUUACUUAGAGAGAUGGUCCCCAUGGGAAGCCCUAAUUCUAAUGUUCCCGAAACACCAGGGAAUGACAUGGGGAUCGUGAAUAUGCUUCCUCGGAGUCUUUCCAUGCUACCAGGCCAUGACCCCGAGUGCUUCCAACUGCUGAGCCACUACCUUGGGACCACUGCCGACUGCAUGUCCAACGGAUCAACACCGAUAAAUCCUUUUCUGGUCCAAGUUGUCCCACUCGCCUUCUCCAGCGACUUAGUGCUGCAGCUCGUUUUGACACAGAGCGCUGCCCACCGAGCAUUCCGUUCGAAGAGGGACGUGGAUGAUACGGCUGAGGGUCAGUACACGAAGGCCCUGCGACUCUUCCGGAAGGGCGUCACGGAAUUUAUCGAUGGAGAAGAGUCCAGCCCUCUCCUUCUUACGGUCGGGGCGCUUAUUAUGUGCUUUACAGAGACAGCAAAAGGCGAUAUGAACGGGACGGUAUUCGACCACCUAUCUGCAGCCCACUCUCUACUAAUUCAGCUUCUUCUGCGGAGCAAUAAUACCAUUCCGAAAGAUCUGGACGACUUUAUCAUCGAUUACUAUACGUACACGGCUACCGUCAGCAUGAUUUCCAUCGACGCCCGCGUGAGCUCCCAGCGUCUGUUAGAUUCCGAUAUGGAGCAACGAGCCCACCGUCUGAUAAACUGCAAAUACGUCGGAAACCUCUCCGGAUGUUGGUUAGAACUUCUUCUAGUGAUCCCUCGAAUCUUCGACCUCGGGCGGCGAUGGAUGAUACAAGAUGAUCAGCCAGGUGCUCCAGCAGCAGAUGACAUCGUUGUAUUUGGGUCACUGCAGGCGGAAAUUAUGCGAUGGACACCUUACGCCUUCGUUUCUCAAGAAACACAGCUAGCGGGUUUGAUAUUUCAGCAGGCGAUGCUGCUAUACUUAGUCACAUCGCUCGGCAUGUUCUCGGACACCACAACCAGCGCCGGUAGUGCGCUGAUGAACUGUGCGAUUGCAGAAGCAAUGGCGCUUCUUCGUCGUGUAUCGCCGACAUCGCGCAUCAACUCUGGUCUCUGUUGGCCUAUUGCCGUUGUGGGCUCUUGUCUGUCAGACCCAGGACUACAGGAGGAACUCAGACAGCGUCUCACCACUAUGGGGAAUGCAUUUGGCCUGGGAAAUAUGCAUAGGACUCUUCUUUUACUUGAACAUAUGUGGCAGCUACCUCUUCAUGACGCAGGCCCGUGGAAUAUAUGCCGCGCCAUGCAGCAGAAGCAAAUAUGGAUAUCGUUCGCGUGA